CGUCUAAUCAAUGUCUGAUGCAGACAUAAACGCAAGCUGAAAGGGCCAAGCUGCAUCUAGCCAUGGCUGCACUCGCUCUGUUGUUGUGUGCAAUCUUCUCUGUCUCUGUCAAAGAGGUGUGGCUGGUCGAGGAAGAUUACGGAAACGAGGGAGAUGUUGAUGGAACAACCCUAAACUGUUCCAUCGAGGAGACCAUUGGAGGAGGCAACGUUUCCUACUCGCGGGCAGGCGCUGAGGGCAGCGUGCUGACCUAUCACUGCCCGAGAGGACACUACCCACACCCGGUCAGCCGUCGAGUGUGUGGUGUGGACGGGAAGUGGUCCGUCAUGAGACUGGCCAAUGGCAGACGAGUGUUGCGAGCAUCCUGUAAAGAGGUCCGGUGUCCGGGCCAGCUACAGUUGGAUGACGGUGAGUUCUGGCCCAGGGAUCAGUGGGUAAAGCCAGGGAGAAGCCAAAGCUUCUCCUGUCACAGUGGCUUCACCCUCUCUGGGUCGGCGCAGAGGAACUGCACCUCUUCAGGAGACUGGACCGGCACCAGCCCAGUGUGUGACGACCAAGCGGACUACUGUAAGAACCCUGGGGUCCCCCCGGGUGCCCUACGAUCCGGAAGCCGCUUCCGGAUUGAUGAGAAGGUCCAGUACCGUUGCCAGAUGGGUCUGGACUUGCUUGGCUCAGCCGAGAGGGUCUGCCUGCAUUCCAGGGAGUGGAGUGGCUCAGAGAUCCGCUGCCAAGCCCAGUAUGCCUUCGACUCCCCCAGUGUCGUGGCUGAGGCUAUGGGAGGCGCCCUGUCCGGGGUCAUGGAUGUUCUGUCCCCCGAGUUCAGAAAGCAAAAUAAAGGUUUUGGUAGAGCCAUGCGGGUGGGAGACGGCCGUAUGAAUGUGUACAUUUUAAUGGACGCCUCCGGCAGCAUCGCCGAAAGCGCCUUCAACCACUCCCGGGAUGCCACUGCCGACCUCAUACGCAAGCUUGACAGCUACGACAUAACUAUGAGAUUCCAGGUGAUCUCCUACGCCAGUGAGACCGUCAACAUCGUGUCCAUGGAUGAGUAUGCCAGCAGCAAAGUAGAUUCUGUGAUAAAGAGGCUGUAUAAAUUCAAUCAUGCACACCAUGGGAAGAAGAAAGGCACAAACCUGUAUGCUGCUCUGAAUGUAGUGUAUGAGAGCAUGGGUUUACUAAAAAAGCAAAAGAAGAACCAAUUCAAUGAGACGCAGAAUGUCAUCAUCAUUGAAACUGACGGAUACUCGAACACUGGGGGAAGCCCCAUGGCUGCCCUGGGUAAGAUCCGCUCUGAGCUUGGGUACAGCCACACGACUGUGGACCACACUGAAGAAAAGCUACUAGAUGUUUACGUGUUUGGUAUCGGGGAAGAAGUGAACAAGAAGGAGCUGAAUCAGAUUGCUUCUCACAAGAGACAGGAGCAGCACCUGUUCAUUCUGAAGGACUAUAUACAGCUGGGCGAGGUGUUCAACAGCAUUAUCAGUGAUAAAAGUGUGACCAUGUGUGGGGUGGCACAGGAAGAUGUGUCAGAGAAUCAGAAGCAAUUUGGGUUCACCAAGACAGCCUAUACUAGGCCCUGGCAUGUGAAUGUCAUAACGGCUAGUACUGGCAUUAAGACGGAGAACUGUCAGGGUUCCAUCGUGACUCAGAACUGGAUCCUGACCGCAGCUCACUGCUUCUCUGCCAUCAGGUCCGAGGGGAAGGUGAACCCAGAGAAAGUGCAAGUGAAGCAUGGUUUUGAAGGAAAAGAAGAGGCAAAAGUCCUGUCUGUUAUUCUGCACCCACUGUUCAAAAUUGACGGUCUUCGCAACAAGAAUGUCAAAGAGUUCUAUGACUAUGACAUUGCUCUGAUUAAGGUUGAAGAAAUCAAGCUGUCAUGGACUGCAAGGCCAAUCUGCUUACCUUGCACUAUUCCUGCCAACCGAGCCCUGAAGAACAGUGUCAACUCCACCUGUCAAGACCAUGAGAUGGCCCUUCUACCCCUGGAGGUGACCAGAGCGUACUUUAUCAAAAAGGGGGGAUCAGUGAAAGAUGCAAAACAGAAGCAAACACACAUUCUUACUGGGACUAAGAGGGCUGACUGUGUUCAACUGGCUGAGAAAACCCUCACAGCUCCUCACAGCACCAAUCUCGAUGAAUACGUGCCAGAGAGGUUUCUGUGCUCGGGCGGGUCUUCCAAUCACAUAGAUGCAGUGACGUGUAAAGGUGACUCUGGAGGUGCUCUGUUUGUUCGCAACAGGCUGCGGUAUUUUCAAGUUGGCGUAGUCAGCUGGGGCACCCUGAAUGUGUGUGAGCCAAAAGACAUGAGUGACAAACCCCCUUCAGAUGCACGGGACUUUCACAUCAGCCUCUUCCACUUAGCGCCAUGGUUAAAACAGCACCUGGGCAAAGAGCUGGAGUUUCUGCCAAUGGGCAACUAGGAAUUCUCCCAGAAAUGUCCUGUAUCUGCUUUAGGCUCGCCAUUUUAAG